AUGGAGGGAGAUGGAAUUUGUCAGGUCAAGCGCAAGCAGGUAUUAUGUAAAGAUGAUACCGAAACUUUAGAUUUGCACAAGAACAUAAUGAAACAAGGUGAAUGGCCACAACUUAUGGUUGUUUUUGAUCCCAAAGAGGGAUGUAUUAAUAAGAGACUGGACAUAAUUACAGAGUAUGUUGGAGAUGUUGAUUACUUGAAUAACCGUGAAGCUGAUGAUGGAGAUAGCGCGAUGACUCUUUUAAGUACUAAUGAUACAUCGAAGGACAUCGUCAUUUGUCCUGAUAAGCACAGUAAUAUUGCUCGUUUCAUCAAUAACAAGCUUUUGAAAUCGGGCAAUACAUGGUAUUUGCACAAAUACCAAUAA